GCAAACAAUUUUCAGGCCCGCCGCGUCUAGCAAAAAAUAUGAGAAAAAAAUUAUUAAAAAUUCGGAAAAUAGUUGAAAGUGAAGAAAAACCCAACAGAAAGAAUGUUAAAGCGACCAGGGCCCCUGGGUCCGGCCAGUGUUGAAAACAUUAUACUGGAUAGAAUAACUGUAUCAGUACCAGUUGGGCACUGCGCCCCUGUCCAUGUAGCUGGUCAGCCUUAGAGUGCCAUGGCCACGGGAACCCAGGGCCACUGUGACAACAUCCUGGAGAAAGCCAAGAUCACACCAUCUACGGGGAGGCGCAGGAGAGCAGAGGGGAAGCCAAAAAAAAACUUCCCUUGCCAGGAGUGUCAGAAAGCUUUCAACAGUCUGGAGAAGUUGAAGGUGCACUCGUACUCUCACACAGGAGAGAGACCCUAUCGCUGCUCACACCCCGCCUGCGCCAAGGCUUUUGUCUCCAAAUACAAGCUGCUACGGCAUAUGGCAACUCACUCGCCAGAAAAAAACCACAAGUGUUCAUACUGUGAGAAAAUGUUCCACCGCAAGGAUCACUUAAAGAAUCACCUACACACUCACGACCCAUACAAGGAGGCAUUCACCUGUCAGGAGUGUGGCAAGAGCUACAACACCAAGCUUGGCUUCAAACGCCACCUUGCCCUCCAUGCCGCCAACAGUGGAGACCUCACCUGCCAAGUUUGCCUGCAGCCAUUCCCCAGCACCGGGGUUCUUCUGGAACACCUCAGAACACAUGCUGGCAAGUCCUCUGGCGGAACCAAAGAGAAAAAGCAUCGCUGUGAGCACUGUGAGCGGCGAUUUUACACUCGAAAAGAUGUGCGUCGACACAUGGUGGUGCAUACUGGACGCAAGGACUUCCUUUGUCAGUACUGUGCCCAGCGCUUUGGUAGGAAGGACCACCUGACACGCCAUGUGAAAAAGAGUCAUGCUCGGGAGCUGCUGAGGGUAAAAACUGAGCCAGCUGAUUCGCUGGAGACAGGUGUCUACAACUUGGUGUCUGGGGGCAUCAAGGGCGAGCUCCCGGCGAUGGCCCCACCAAGGCUGCAUCAGCUCAGCAUGUGCACAGGCCCCACCCUGGACACAGAGCCAUUUCUCACCCCCACACACCCCUUUUCUUUUAAGUUCCCACUGGGCUCCAACUUUACCUCAUACAGCAUCUCACCACAGGAGCGGGAGCAGAAUCUAAAGGGAGAACUGGAGACCUACCUGAUGGAGCUGCAGAGCAGCAUGCCCACCUCAUCCUCUGCAGCCCAGGAUCCACACCUCUCCUCCUCAAAACUUGAGUUGGAGCCUCAAGUGGGCUCAGUGGAGGAAGCCAGCGAAGUGGUAUCCCUGUCCAAAAUCUCCACACCAAUGACAGCAGUCACCACAGGCGACUCCCUGGCCUCGUCCUCCUCUCUGAUGGACUUCUCUCAGCUUUUCAACUUCCUGCCACACAAUGGGCCCCCGUACAACCAGGCAGGGGGGAACGGGGGACAAGGUGUAACCUACUCACCCAAUGAAGAGCCCACACUUCUCGUCCAGCUGCCCAGCCAGUCUCCCAAAGGCUCAGAGGCCUCCUCCUUCAUAUCCAACCCACCCACCACACUGCCCCGCUUCCACCACGCUUUUCAGUGAUCCAGUAUGUACUGCACCAGGCACACACACUCCGACACCCACAAACACCCUCACACACCUACACCACAUGUCCAGCUCCACAGGUUCCUCAGCAAAAACCCAAACAAGAUGCUGGUAACACAAGAUAUUAGCACUUAGUUCAUUUAAUAUGACAACAUGAACACAUAAACACACACACAUCUUUUUUUUUAACCUAUUAAGUUUUUUAUUGACGAGUUGUCAAAUCUUCACCACCACCAUUGACCUAAUGACAUGUUCACACGAUCCCAAUCCGGUGAUCCUCUGUGCUGUGUGGAUAUGCAGGUAGAAUAUCCAAAUCCUCAGCUUCUUGCUGUUUGCAAGUUUCAGAGCCUGACAUUAUCUGUUCUGAUUGCCCAGAGAAAUGUUGUGGGGACCCUAAGGUUACAUCAUACUUAAACAUUUUUAAUCAUAGCACAAGCUUUUGAAAUUCUGCCAGGGGCUGUGCUCACAAAUGUCAGCACUGCUCUGCGUCACAGUUGUGGUGCAGCACAGCUCUACGUGUCCCACUGCAGUGCAGAAACCCACCACAGACAUGAAUGGAGCAGUAAUGUGGAGAUGGCAGGAUGUGACAGAAGGAGCUGUGUCAGUUUAAACAUGAAUCAGUCUGUUGGAAGUUUUCACAUAGAUGAAUGCUAAUAGGAAUUUGCAGUGACAUUUACUUAGGACCCCCCCCCACACUCCGCCCCAUGCCUUAGAAUAGAUGAACCUGAGAAAACAGAUUCUGUGUUGUUCCUGCUGUUCCAACAGCACUUUUAGUGCAUGCUGACUCCUGCCAUUGUAGCUGACCCUUAUUUUAUGUCUGUCUUACAUAUGGUAGUGACCAAACUGUAGUUUUGGGAUGUUUUUGCCUAUUUUCAUCUACAAUGCAUUCUGUGCUACAAUUGACAGCUGACCAUUUGACAAAGCAUACCAGAUUAUGGAUGAUUUCUUUUGCAAUGCCUCAGGCAGCUAUUAUGUUUCAUUACUUUCUAAUCUGUAUGGAACUCAGUUUACUUGAGUUAUAUAAUUCAUUCCAGGAGUCGUGUGUGCUUGUGUUUUAGUCACUAACAUUACUGUACUGUGUGCCUUGUCAGCAGCAGACCUAAUAUUCACUCCACUGGAUUACGAAGCCAGAUUUCAAGUCUUUGAAAAUUUAAUUCCAAUACAUAGUGACAUUAUAGAAGACUGACGACUUCCUGAAAUUGGAGAACACUCAAUCAAACAUCUCAAACUGCUUCAAAUGAUUUAAAAAAAAGUGAAAGUAUAUGUGGUUAAUAGUAAAUAGGCUUAAACAUGCAAAAACAUUGAUGUGGUCCUUUUGAUAAAUCUGUAAAGCCAGACAAGCUGCUGAGUAGGAACGAUGGAACAACAGGAUUACAGCUGUACAUGUAAUUUUGGUAGUUGGUUUAUUUUCUGGUGAAGUUAUGUCUUUAUUUUCCAACAGUAGUGUCAGUUUAUGAAAGCUGAAGUGUGUCUUUGGAGUUACCCCCGCACACGAAACCAAAGACAGACAAAUAAGCCUUCACUUUGUAUGAGGACGUCACUUAGCAACUCCCAGUAGAGUUGUGUUUACUGCAGCCUUAAUCUGCCUUAAUUUUCUUUUUUUAAUAAGUGGCUGCUGAGAUGUUCC